AUGACAGGCGCGGGCCUGUCGUUGACAGAUCGCGAGAAAGCAAUUUUAGACUUGGUCGUAGCAGAACGCCUGGGUGUUGCGGCCUGCCAGCAGCUGACUUGGACAGAGAUGCGGGAGAAGCUGAAACACGUCUACGCCGACUUGUCCCAGAACCCUGCAUACUUGUGGAGAACCAACGACCAGGGCAACAACCGCUGUUUGGUGACAUCGAGCAGACUGUACAGUUUCUUUCGGGACGGCGUGCUUCUUCCGUCGGAGCUUCUGCGCCUGCAGGGCCCCAGGCGGUCCUUGCACAUCCCGUCAAAUGUCCCAUGCAACAGUGUGAAGGCUCUGGCAGGAGAGGGCUUCUGCUUGCCCUGCUUCGCAUCCGUGCUGUGGGCGGCAUACCUGACAAAAGGUGCAGUCCGCUUUGUUUUCCUUGCAGCCACCUCGCCGUGUGGCCAGCUCGACAUGGGCAAAGGAGUUGGCAAACAAGGGGGCCGCCAAGGCAAAAGCAAAGGAGGCAAAGCCAGCCAGGUGACAGCCAUGGUGAAAGUACCAGUCAAGAAGGACGGUGCAGGAACGAAAGCGGCAGCAGCUGGCCUGCCAGUCAGAGCUGCAGUCCAUGCCAGUCAUUCCAGGCAUUUCUUCUCGCCCACGUACCCACCAGCAGAGCCGUUUGUCAAGAAGCAAGGAAUCCCGGUGGGACCAGGAGACAUCUGGUGCAUUACCACUGGCAAGCGCAUGAUGCCGCACGUUGACUUUGAGCUUCUGUGUCAGAUGUUGAAGAAGGAUCCCGAGCUGAAAGCCCGCUUCAUGAAGGCCCGCUUGCAUGUCGCGGACCCAGAGAACAAUCCUUUGCCUGUGCUGACCCCUUCGGCUGAAGUGUUCAGCAGUGACAAGUGCGGGCACAUGGUGUACGUGAAGGCAGCACUGCUGAGCGACACCGAGCUUGUCAACCACACCGGCAGAACAGGGCUGCAGCUUGGUUUGAAGCAGCACAGCGUCGACCUCAGGCAGGGUGCCAAUCAGCCUACAAAGCUCUUCCCGGUCAGCCUGCAGGGGCUCCCCCAGGAGUUCAAGGAUAGCUGCCCCCGGGUGAAGAUCUACUUUGAUCAAGUGAGUUCGGAGAACCGAGAGAUUUGGGUGACUCCGGAGACGCAGCUCAACAUUCAGCAGCCUGCAGACUUGCAGCGGCAUCUGCAAGCCAGAAGCAGCGACGCCCGGCCGAAGCUACAGGGCUCGCUGAAGACUUUGUCGGAGCUGGUGGAGCAGGGGAAUCGAAUGGAGAGCGAAGUCCUUGCCACCACGGCUGCAGCGAUGGCGACUGAGCCGGAUGACGGCGACGAGCAGCCAGAGGAGCCGGCGGACCCUUCGCACCAGGCUGCUGAAGCCCUCUUGGAGACGUUCCACCAGGGCAACUGGACAGCCACAAAGAAGACACGCAAGCGCAAGGAUGUGGAGCCGGCCACAUCCGUAGCCACAUCUGUGGUCGAGGGUCCAGAAGGCUCCGAGAAGGCUAGCACCAAGCGGGGCAAGACGAAGGCUGGCUUGAAGGAGCUUAGCCUGGACAGCUUGGACGAAUCCAUGCGCAAAGUAGCGAAGCAGCACUUCGCCAACAACCCGGAUCGCAAUGUCUCGGUGAACUGCCUGAGCAACCUCGUACUGGUCAUGUUCGCCGAUGACGGCACGGAUCACAGCCAGGGACACACUUUGUCAGGGGUCGGUGUUGCUAAAAAGAGCUGUUUCCUUGUCCGGCCUGUCGCGAACACAAGAUUCCGCAGUGUAGAUUUCUAA